AUGAAUAAAAAAAUAUAUAGUUUAGCUGCUGUUUAUUCUUAUAUCCUUUUUAUUGUAACAAUACAAUGUUUUACAAAUAAUGAGGAUUUAAAUAAAUAUGUCAAGAAAAAUGAGAACGUACAUGACGAAUAUGAAAUAAACAGUAUAGAUAUAAAUAAUAAUGGAAAAUUUAGAUAUAGAAGUCUUUCAGAACAUAAUACAGAAGAUAAACAGUCUUUAGAUUCGAAUGCAAAUCAAGAACCUUCAGAUAAUAAAAGACCAAAAAAUAAAGAAGAAAGAUAUCAUUCGCCUAUAUAUUAUAAAUAUUAUAUGGUUACAGAUGAGGAAAAUAAACCUCAAAAGUCUAAAAAAUCUAGAUUUCCUAGUAUGUUUAAAAGACAUAAAAAAGAUAAAACAGACAAGGAUUCUAAUGAAUCUCAAGAAUCUUUAGAUGAUGAUGAUGAUGAUGAUAAUAAAUCUCUAAAAUCUUUAGAUGACGAUAGUGAUGAUAAUAACAAAUCUCAAAAGCCUAAAAAAUCUAGAUUUCCUAGUAUGUUUAAAAAAGAUAAAAAAGAUAAAGAUGCUAACGGAUCUCAAGAAUCUUUAAAUGUUGAUAAAUCUUUAGAGUCUUUAGAUGAUGAUAGCAAAUCUCAAAAAUCUAAAAGAUCUAGAUUUCCUACUAUGUUUAAAAGAGAUAAAAAAGAUAAAGAAGAUAAAGAUGCUAACGGAUCUCAAGAGUCUUUAAAUGAUGAUAAUAAAUCUCUAAAUUCUUUAGAUGAUGAUGGUGAUGAUAAUAACAAAUCUCAAAAAUCUAAAAAAUCUAGAUUUCCUAGUAUGUUUAAAAGAGAUAAAAAAGAUAAAGAUGCUACCGAAUCUUUAGAUGAUGAUGAUGAUAAUAAAUCUCUAAGGUCUUUAGAGGAUGAUAAUAAAUCUCUAGAGUCUUUAAAUGAUGAUGAUAAUAAAUCUCAAAAGUCUAAAAAAUCUAGAUUUCCUAGUAUGUUUAAAAAAGAUAAAAAAGAUAAAAAAGAUAAAGAUGCUACCGAAUCUUUAGAUGAUGAUGAUGAUAAUAAAUCUCUAAGGUCUUUAGAGGAUGAUAAUAAAUCUCUAGAGUCUUUAAAUGAUGAUGAUAAUAAAUCUCAAAAGUCUAAAAAAUCUAGAUUUCCUAGUAUGUUUAAAAGAGAUAAAAAAGAUAAAGAAGAUAAAGAUGCUAACGGAUCUCAAGAAUCUUUAAAUGUUGAUAAAUCUUUAGAGUCUUUAAAUGAUGAUAGCAAAUCUCAAAAAUCUAAAAGAUCUAGAUUUCCUACUAUGUUUAAAAGAGAUAAAAAAGAUAAAGAAGAUAAAGAUGUUAACGGAUCUCAAGAGUCUUUAAAUAUUGACAAAUCUCUAGAGUCUUUAAAUGAUGAUGGUGAUGAUAAUAACAAAUCUCAAAAAUCUAAAAGAUCUAGAUUUCCUACUAUGUUUAAAAAAGAUAAAAAAGAUAAAGAAGAUAAAGAUGCUAACGGAUCUCAAGAAUCUUUAAAUGUUGAUAAAUCUUUAGAGUCUUUAGAUGAUGAUAGCAAAUCUCAAAAAUCUAAAAGAUCUAGAUUUCCUACUAUGUUUAAAAAAGAUAAAAAAGAUAAAGAAGAUAAAGAUGCUAACGGAUCUCAAGAAUCUUUAAAUGUUGAUAAAUCUUUAGAGUCUUUAGAUGAUGAUAGCAAAUCUCAAAAAUCUAAAAGAUCUAGAUUUCCUACUAUGUUUAAAAAAGAUAAAAAAGAUAAAGAAGAUAAAGAUGCUAACGGAUCUCAAGAAUCUUUAAAUGUUGAUAAAUCUUUAGAGUCUUUAGAUGAUGAUAGCAAAUCUCAAAAAUCUAAAAGAUCUAGAUUUCCUAGUAUGUUUAAAAAAGAUAAAAAAGAUAAAGAAGAUAAAGAUGCUAACGGAUCUCAAGAAUCUUUAAAUGUUGAUAAAUCUUUAGAGUCUUUAGAUGAUGAUAGCAAAUCUCAAAAAUCUAAAAGAUCUAGAUUUCCUAGUAUGUUUAAAAAAGAUAAAAAAGAUAAAGAAGAUAAAGAUGCUAACGGAUCUCAAGAAUCUUUAAAUGUUGAUAAAUCUUUAGAGUCUUUAGAUGAUGAUACCAAAUCUCAAAAAUCUAAAAGAUCUAGAUUUCCUAGUAUGUUUAAAAAAGAUAAAAAAGAUAAAGAAGAUAAAGAUGCUAACGGAUCCCAAGAAUCUUUAAAUGUUGAUAAAUCUUUAGAGUCUUUAGAUGAUGAUAGCAAAUCUCAAAAAUCUAAAAGAUCUAGAUUUCCUAGUAUGUUUAAAAAAGAUAAAAAAGAUAAAGAAGAUAAAGAUGCUAACGGAUCUCAAGAGUCUUUAAAUAUUGACAAAUCUCUAGAGUCUUUAAAUGAGGAUGACAAUAAAUCUCAAAAAUCUAAAAGAUCGAGAUUUCCUACUAUGUUUAAAAGAGAUAAAAAAGAUAAAGAAGAUAAAGAUGCUAACGGAUCUCAAGAAUCUUUAAAUGUUGAUAAAUCUUUAGAGUCUUUAAAUGAUGAUAGCAAAUCUCAAAAAUCUAAAAGAUCUAGAUUUCCUAGUAUGUUUAAAAAAGAUAAAAAAGAUAAAGAUGAUGACGAUUUGCAAGAGUUUUUAAUUGUUGAUAAAUCUCUAGAAAUUUUAAAUGAUGAUAGCAAAUCUCAAAAACCUAAAAGAUCUACAUUUCCCAGGAUGUUUAAAAGGGAUAAAAAAGAUCAAGAUGGUGACAAAUCUCAAGAAUCUUUAAAUGUUGAUAAAUCUCUAGAGUCUUUAAAUGUUGACAAAUCUCUAGAGUCUUUAGAUGAUGAUAACACAGCUCAAAAGUCUAAAAGAUCUAGAUUUCCUACUAUGUUUAAAAGAGAUAAAAAAGAUGAAAAACCUUCAUAUGGUAAAGUAACUGUAUCUUAUCCAAAUGAUAAAACACCCGAAAUAUUUUCCAAUAAUAAAGAAAAAAAUCCUCCGAUAGUAGUGAAGCUGGAAAAUAUUACAAUUAAUGUUGAUCAAACUAAUUCAGAACAUUUAUCAUUUUUAUCAUGUUUAAACAAAAUAACCCAAGAACAAGGUCAAAAUAAUAAAGCAAGUAAAUAA